AAAUUCCUGAAAGUAAAAGCCUCAAAACUGGAUUUUGGUGUGCGUGCUACGGAGAUCGAUACAAAAGCAAUCACGAUAUGAUGUUACUACAUAAGGUUUCAAUUCAUUUAGAUUUCUUUUAUAUUUUCAGGAAUAAGUAAAUUUGAUUUAUUGUAUAGCAACACAUCAGACUCCCAGCAAGAUGCACCGAUUGUUCAAAUCCAAACAAACAUACAUAAACAAUAUGAUACGACAGUGUUACAUUAUAUGAUGUUUUUUGCUGGAGUGAUUGCGGUGUCUGUAUUCAACAAAAAAGGUGAAAUUAUAACUUAUACUAAAAAUAUAAUUGCCAAAAUCGAUAUGAGAGCAAUUGUUACUGAGAACGGUAAUACUGCCAAUAAACUUGGCGUAUUGGUAAUAGUUGCACUAAAAAAAUACAUUGGAAUUACCUGGAAAAAGCUCAAAUGGUGCAUAUUUAAAAUACUAACGUGUUGUAGUGCAGCAACUAUUGUAAAAGAUAAUAGAAAUUUUUCAAAUUUUGUAUUACUGAAAAAAAUCAAAGAGAUUAUUGAAGAACGAAAGAGAUUGGGUUUGCUAUUGAUGGCAGCUGUUCACGAAAAUAACAAUUUAAAAAUACAAUAUCAAAUGGAAACUAUGGCAAAAAACAGAUUCCUUCGAUAUAUACAGGAUACGCAAAAGAAAGUUAAAGAAAAUCGAUCAAAAUACGUUAACUUUCAACACUUAUAUUUGAUGACACAUCAAGAAAAUAUAUUCUUAAAAACACGUCUACGCAGGCUAACAAAAGACAAAGAAAACGUGGAAAAAGAUCUUGUGGACAUUAUUAAACAAGUCUACAAUUCUAAGAAUAAUGAUCUAAUGGCUUAUUGUAGCCGUUUCCUUGUGAGACCUAGGGCAAGUUUUAUAAAUGCAGACAUCAAGGAAGAAGUGCGUAAAUUUUUGCAAAAAAAUCGCAUGCCCCUUACUUUGGAUCGAUCAGACGGAGACAAAGAUGUAAGAAUUUGGCCUACUUCCCCCAUCAUAAAGGAAACGGAAUCUUGUCGAAGUAAUACGAUUUUGCUUCCCAUCAUUUCGGAAGCUCCAAAGCUAAAAGGUCUGCCGGGUGAAUGUAUCUGGACCGUUAAAGAUAAAGAUGGAAUUAUCGAAAAAUUAUAUGAAUAUGAUUUUGAUUCUGAUUUGGACAACGGCGAUACAAUACGUAGAAUAAGGCAAUAUUCUGUUUAUCAUGACAAAGAUUGUUUACUGGACUUUUCUAGUUCAAGAACUAUUGUAACUGAAGAUUAUAAUACCGUCAGAUUCAGAUGCCUAAAUUCUUCGAAAGAAAGGUUUCUAACAGGAUCAGAAGCUUUUCAAAGAUUCUUACUAAAUAACAAGAAUGUGAUACCAACUUCAACACCAUCUACACCUACGCGCUCUUUACUUUGUGUGUGAAUUUAUUAUUUGUGGUUUAUUUUCAAUAUUAUUUACUUUAUCGAAAAAUAUAUGUACAUUCAUUUUAUUGUUUUUUUAAACUUUUUUCAUCGAUUACUACAAAUUUCAUACCAAUAAAUAAAUAAAUAAAAAUUAGUCGAUUCCUAAUAAAAAUAGGCUAAGCGCUAAAAGGACCGAGAAACGGAAGAUGAAGAUUUUGCUUCUUUUUUUUCCUAAGC